CGCGGCGAGGCGCGCCCCCAGGCCGCCCGGAGGCAGAGGGGCCCUCGGAGCCCCGCCGGGAGCGCGGCCGGCAUGAGCCAGGUGCCGAGGAAGCUGCCGGAGGAGGAGGAGGGCGACGAGGAGGAGGAAGAGGAGGAGGAGAUCGUGGGCUUGGCGGGCUACGCCGACGGGGCCGAGUCCUUCUCGGACGGUGACGUGGAGAGCGGCGGCGAUGAGGCGUUUUUGGAUUUCAAUGAUCCCUUCAGUACUGAAGUUAAGCCAAGAAUCCUGCUCAUGGGACUGAGAAGAAGUGGGAAGUCUUCCAUUCAGAAAGUUGUCUUUCACAAAAUGUCGCCGAAUGAGACUCUCUUCUUGGAGAGCACAAACAAGAUCUGCAGAGAGGAUGUUUCCAACAGCUCCUUUGUCAACUUUCAGAUAUGGGAUUUUCCUGGGCAGAUUGACUUCUUUGACCCUACGUUUGACUAUGAGAUGAUUUUCAGAGGCACUGGAGCACUGAUAUUUGUUAUUGAUUCUCAGGAUGAUUAUAUGGAAGCAUUAGCUCGGCUGCAUCUCACUGUGACCAGAGCCUAUAAAGUGAAUCCAGAUAUCAACUUUGAAAUUUUUAUCCAUAAAGUGGAUGGUUUAUCUGAUGAUCACAAGAUUGAAACGCAAAGAGAUAUUCACCAGAGGGCAAAUGAUGACCUUGCAGAUGCUGGAUUGGAGAAGAUUCACCUCAGCUUUUAUCUGACAAGCAUAUAUGAUCAUUCUAUAUUUGAAGCGUUUAGCAAAGUGGUACAGAAACUGAUUCCACAGCUCCCAACACUGGAAAACCUGCUUAACAUCUUUAUUUCAAAUUCUGGGAUUGAAAAAGCAUUUUUAUUUGAUGUAGUCAGUAAGAUCUAUAUUGCAACGGACAGUACUCCAGUGGAUAUGCAAACUUAUGAGCUCUGCUGUGAUAUGAUAGAUGUUGUGAUUGACAUUUCUUGUAUAUAUGGGCUUAAAGAUGAUGGCACUGGAACUCCUUAUGACAAAGAAUCCAUGGCAAUCAUAAAACUGAACAAUACAACUGUCCUUUAUUUAAAAGAGGUGACAAAAUUCCUUGCUCUUGUUUGUUUUGUCAGAGAAGAAAGCUUUGAGAGAAAAGGAUUAAUAGACUACAAUUUCCAUUGUUUUCGAAAAGCCAUACAAGAAGUAUUUGAAGUAAGAAUGAAAGUAGUAAGAUCUCGAAAACAUCAAAGUCACAUGCAAAAAAAUAAAAGACCCACUCCCAAUGGGACACCAAGAAUGCCACUGUAACUGAGGUUUUCUGGCAAUGUGGCAAGCAAAGUUUUCGUGAAGUUGAUGUGACUUCUGCAUCUCAUUGCACUGAGUGAAGAGGAAGACAAAUGGGACUGAUGUAUUAUAUGAAUUUUCCCUGAACGUUCAGAAAGCACUGUUUAAAUAUUUUUAUCCAAUCAGUUUUUUUCAUAUAGUGAGCACUUUGAGCAAAAUGUUGUAUAUAUAAGCAUUGAGGUGAACACUUGUAAGAAUUUUCUUAAUAUAUGCUGUAAACCUUUUUCAUGCCAUAUUAAGAAAAACAGCUGUGACAGAAAUACUGGGUACAUAAUUUGCACUUUUUCAUGUUUUCCUUGUGGAGUUGGACUUUGAUAAACUUAGUUUUUAUGGUGAUUUUGAUGCAUGGUGUCAGGUAAAAUGUAUGCUGUAGUUUAUUUACCUGCUACAAUCAAAUUGGUUAGUAAACAAUUAAGAAAACUUGGUACAAUGCCUUUUAAAAUUCGUGACAGCUAAUACCUAGCAUUCAUACAGAUCUAAUUUCGUAUAUUUUUCGAUUUGUAAACUGAAGAAUAAUUUUGAAGUAUUACAGCAAUAAGCACCUGACCAGGGAUCAUAACUGGUAGGUAAAUAUUAGCUUUUAUAAAACAAGCUUUUGGCCAAAUUUCAUCUGGAGUUCUCCAUAACACUGGUCAUGCCCUCUGUUGGGUCUGUUUUUAUUAUUUACCUCAGCAUAUACCACUAAAAUACCUUUCUAUAAAGAUAAUUGUUUUGUAAAAUGGC